CAUAAUUUUCUGUUAUAACACGUAAUUUAAUUCGUUAAGUUGUACAGUCUGCUUUUCGUUCGGGUUAAAUGUAAUUUCUUCUGAGUUGACCGUACUGAUACCACAACAUUGUUGCUUUGUCGUCAAUUAUCUAUUAGCACACAUCUACAAAUAUUUAUGCAUUAACGAUAAACUACUCUACAGGACCUUUAAAUUUACGUCACUUUCCCUCGGUAAUUUGCGCAGGCGGAGCAAGAGCAUUUAAAUUAAAGCGGAAAUAUUGCUCUAGUUGAUCAAACAAACAUUUAGUCGUCCUCGAGUGUGUAUGGAAUUCAAAAGGGAAAGGUUAACCUGACAGAGAAAUGUUUGGCGGAAGUUGUGUGUGACAGCACUCCUGUUUAUCCUGACCCAGAGACCAAUGGCAUCUGCAUCUUGUCCAGGCUUUCACAACCAGAUUGUCCCAGGAAUGAUCAUGAGACCUUUCUGGGAAUAAAGCCAGUGCUCAUGGACACUGAGGUGAUCAACUUGUGGAACGACUCGGUACCUACAACGGGAGCUGUGCAGUUCGUCGACUGUGAUUGGGACACCAAAAAUGUCUUGACAGGAUCAGCUGACGACUGGGACUGCAAGACCAGUGGCUCAAAAGAAAAUGCAUGUGAUAGAAGUUUGUGAGUUCCAGCAGCAGUACAGCACCAAAACAACAAUAAAAAUGCACAAAUAGAACACGUGGGUUCGAUUUCAGUGGCCACAUCAUCACGUUUUCCACAGACAAGCAGAUGAGCUGUCGGGGUUUCAUGAACUUCUUCGACCUGAGGGAUCCACAGAUCGACAUCUCGCAAACUGUGGAGCUGCCUGUGUGGAACUGCAAUCUACUUCUUUAAUGACAUGAAAGACAGCAAUUACGUAGAGAAACUGGAGCUCAGCCAGAUGAUCUCAGUAACAGACGACAACAGCCAGGACAUAAACUUGAAUGCUGCCAGAUUUACCUUGAGUGGUGAAGAUGGAAUCAUCAAAUUCACUGCCCCCAAUGCAGAAGCCCGAGAGCUGUGGAAAGGCUUUAUCCUCUCUGUGACUCAGCUCUCAGUCCCGUCCUACCUUGCCCUGCUCCCAGGUCAGCUUACCCACCUGCAAGAGGCAAUAGACAAGGAAAUCAAACGAAGACAAACCUCCCCUGAUCCCCCUGCAGUUACACCCAGCCUGCCACCCUGUUACCACAGCGUUUCUCGUCUGGAGGCAGAGCUGCUGCUGGAGAAAGAGAGUAAGAGAGGAAACCUGCUCCUGCGGCCUGGGAGCCACGGAAACCCCUAUGCUAUCUCCACAAGACAGGAGGAUUACAAUGGUGCUGUGUUCAAACACUACCGUCUGAACCGAAAAGAGAACGGAGGCUUUGACAUUGCUCUUGAAAAUCCCACGGCAGAGGAGGGUGGGCUGCAGCACAUGACCCCGGAGUGGAUCCAAACCAAGGUGUCGUGUGUCACACUGCAAGAUGCGAUCAACUAUUUAGUGGAUAGAACAGAGGGAGUGAUGACUCCUCUCAUCCUGGAGGAGGAGUAUGAGGAGAACAUCUCUUAUAUCCAAUCAGACAAUGAAAACGGAGAGAGUGUUCAUCUGGUUUUGCCCCGUUUGCCCACCAAACCAGGAACAGCAGUUAACUCUCCAGUUCCUGCUCCUCGCAGAAUGACGCUGCCCCGUGCUGGUGUUCCAGAUCAGGAGGCGGUUCUUGGAGCGAAUUUUAUCCAACUACACUAUGAAAACCAGCCCACCAAACCAGGAACAGCAGUUAACUAUCCAGUUCCUGCUCCGCGCAGAAUGACGCUGCCCCGUGCUGGUGUUCCAGAUCAGGAGGAGGUUCUUGGAGCGACUAUUUCAGAGCUAAAACAGCUAUUUGAGAAGAAGGCCAGGAAUAACCAGUGACCACCCGACACAUCAGCACCAGUGGCGUAGGAAAUGACUCUCACCAGUAAAGAGACAUCUCAGUCUGCACAAGUCCACAGGGGGCGCUGUUUCCACUCUGACAAACCUCACUUUACCACCUCACUCAGCAGUGGUGGCACUUUGAACAAUCACCACUGUAGAUGAACUCCUUGCACACGAUUAAUUGUAUAAAAAUGCUGUAAAUGUGCCAUUAUCUUAUAAUUGUUAAAUGUCAUUGACAUUGUUCUGCCUCAUAGGCAUGUGAUGUAAAUACUAUACAUAUAUUAUGUAUGUGUAUACUGCAGUGAACAAAAUGAAGCAGUGAUGCUCGGUGAGCCAGGACUAAAUACAGACUUCCUGUAGGGGACUCUUGUCUGAUUUCAACUGAAAUGAAACUCUGUCAUCUGUGGUAACGUCAUCUUAUGGUCACAGAUAGAUGGAUGGAAAGAUUGAUAGAAAGUCUUUAUAUUUCUGUACAGAAAAGUCCAUCUGUGAAGCUGAUGAAAUGUUUGUAUCUGGACUACAGACUUUGUUGCACUUUUGAAAAUGACCACAGUGAUCACAAAUGUGUCUCACUCCUUUAUUACCUUAGGGCUGAUAAAUUAUUGUGAAAAAAAAACAACUAUUUACAUUAAAAUUGUGACAUGUGAAAUAAAGUUAACAACUCUGAGCCGGACACUUGCAGGCUAAAAUUAGACAGGAUAUGCAGUGGUACGACGAACUGAGACGAACUGAGACAUGUGCAGGUGCAGCAGCGAGGGUUCAACACAUCAGGACAUACGUUUUAAGAUUCACAACUCGGGUUCAUCAUUCAGAGCGGUCCGAAGCGCGUCAGCUGGACCUACAGACUCUACUUUGACCAGAACCUCUCUGUAGAGAAGAGAUGUACUCAGGUUCACCCACACAUACGGUAAAUACUUGGCGUGCAGUCAGAUGAAUGAAGAACAGUCGUUUCCUAAUCCUGACGCCAUGGCUGAAAGUUCAAUGACUUCACUGUUAACUGCUAACAGGACUACACUUCUGGGUUUAUUAUUUCGACUGAAAUGUAGUGAAUACUGUAACCUUCACACGCACAGAAAAUCAUUCAAAUACAAUUUUUUUUUUUUUCAAUGUAUGAAGGAAAGCAGAUUUGAAUGAUUCCUGUUAGAACAGCACUCAGUACAACUCUGUAUUAACUCAGUACAUUUAAAGAUAUGUUA